GCAUAGCAGAAGACACUUUUGAACAAGCAGAGAUACUUUAUGUCUCAUCCGCUUUGACCAUGUUGUAUUUCAAUAACGUCGUAAGAUUUCGUAAAUGGAAAGUCUUUCUUAUUCUUGGUUUGUUGUCAUUAGCCUUAGGAUUAAAGGUCGUAUUAAAAACAUUGCGAGUAACUGCAGCACAAUUAACUGAUUUGCGAAAAUGUCCCGCAUGUUACGGGCUUUCGAUAUGUGGGGCAAUUUUAAAUAACGAAAUAGGCAUCAGGCAUAGAGGUGUUUACGCUACUUUUGCCAAUUUAUUCAACACAAAAAAUGUAUUCUUCGGAAAUUACGCCGGGGAAAAAGUUGUUCUCAAGAAACUCGCUCACACUUCAGAGCUAUACGCAUUUGACAAAAUGCUUUGUACUGACCCAAAACUUGUCGAAUUAUGUCCCAACAAUAGUAACAAGAAAUCCGUACCUCAUGCUAUCGAUUUUUACAAACAAAUCACCAAAGAACUAACCACGGAUUUCGCCAGCGAGGAUACAUCCAACCUGAGGCUCUGUCCGAUUAUCGAUCACAUGGACGAUCUCUUUUACAAUGUUUACGCAAAUAGUGGCAAUGAUAGAAAACAAAUAUCGCAUGCUUACCUCUGGACGAUACUGAGGAUUAAUCCAGAACCGCUGGUCUUACAGAUAUUGCCAACUGAUGACGGAUGGCCAGUACCGAAAUAUCACGGGGCAUGUGGGAGAUUGGUCGUCGAGGAAUACGUAGGUCCUCCGUUAUCCAAUUACCAUCAGGAGCCUUGGAUAAGGCGAGCGAAAAUUGCUUCAAGUCUGCUUGAGGCUGCACAGAUGUUCACUUACCGAAGUCCUCACUUUGGCUUUUACUUGACUGAUGUAUCCCCAGAUAACAUUGCAAUCGACCCCGAAGAUAAUGCAAAAUUUAUUGACAUGGAAAACAUAAUAGUGGUAGAUAAAAGAAUUCAUCAAAAUAACAGAACGUCCGACUGGGAGGAGUUGGAAGUUAACAAGGUUGAUUUUACCUGUCAAAAUUGUUUGGCAUUCUCGCCAGUAGACAUAUGUAGUCAUCAUUUCAGUGAUCAUAAUUAUUAUGCAGUCUGCCAGCACCUCUUAUCACGGACUACAAGCUCCAAUGCAAUACCUGGAGGAUUACUGCAUGAUAUUCCAAAUGAUAUUUUACAGCAAUACCCAAAUCUCCCAACCCUUAUAGAACAGUGCGCUAUACCUAGUGCAGCACAUACGAGAAUAGUAGCUGGGGAUCUUCUGCGGGAAGUAUUGAAUGCGAUUGUGCUGAAGAAUACAAGACAAAUGAUCAGACGUUAAUUUGAUGUAGUAUCAAUCAUUUACGGUCAACCCGUUAUGUAUUAUAAAUAUACUCUCAACAUCAAAAACAACGUGCACAAUCAUCUCCAAGAGAAAAAAGGGAAAUGACAAAUAUUUUUUUACAGACUAACAGUACGUUCAAAUUACUCAUAUCCAAGUGAUUCAAUAAUUAACAAACGAUUCUAUUUUUUAUUGAACGGAACUCCAUACCAUGAACAAUAAAUAUUGAUGCUUAUCAUUG